AUGGCGUCGAGCACGCCUGGGUUUGGAGCGGCUACAAUUUCAACGCAGCAGGGCGUGAACGUUAAGGAUGGAGAUGAACUGAAGGAGAUUCAAACCAACGAAUUGGGGUUUGCAGCGCUCAAUGGCGAAGCAAAAGUCCGACUGCUUCCUACACCAUGGCCGUCUGAUAAUUUACCUCCUCCAUCCUCUUCGCUUCUCGCAAUCGCGUCGGUCAAAGGGCUCCUGGCUGCUGCCGGACCGGAUGCUCUAUACAUCACUGCCACAUCCAAGGUCAGAGACGGCUUUCGUUCGCCAGCACCGUCAAGCGACGAGACCAUCCGACCGUUCACGCCGGAGCUAAAGAUCGCCGUCCCAAGAGUUUCUCAUGUUGUAUUCUCAGCGGAUGAGAGUGUUUUGGUCGUUGCCACAGAGAAAGGAGGCGAGAUACUUGCAUACCAGGUCAAUCAAAUCCAACAAGGCCAAUCGGAGCCGGCUGCCCGGAUAUCAACGAACGGGCAGAGUCUGCGAGCGUUGGUCCCAAACCCAGUUCCGGAGUCGGCUCAUCUUUUUGCCCUCAUUACUAGCAAUGGUGAUCUAAUGAUGCUUGAUUUAAAGUCUGGAAGUAUGGUGUCUGGAAGCAACGGUGCCGUGUUCAAAAGUGGAGCAAGCUGCCUUUCAUGGAGCAACAGAGGCAAGCAACUGGUUGCUGGCUUGGCCGACGGGACCGCAAUCCAGGUCCGACCUGAUGGCGCGCUUUUUGCGGAAAUUCCCAAGUCGACUUCUGUCCCGGCUGGAAUGCAUGUCUCUGGGAUCUCAUGGCUCGAGAACGAUACCUUCUUCAUCAUCUACACGCCAAAUGAUACCAGUGAUGGAAUCCCGCCUUCUGAGUAUUACAUUGUCAAUCGGGAGCCCAAAACGACCAAUUACACAUUUCAGAAAUUGCCAGAGGUUCUGCCACCAUUUGGUGUAGAACGACUACCAUCCUCACACUUCAUUUCGAGACUCAGGAAUUUCCCUCCACAUCUGCAAGACCUCUUGAUUGUCAGCGCCACGACUUCAACGGAUGUUGGCCUUAUCUCUAAAACGGAUAAGCCGCUGUCGCAGGAAGAGCCGGUAACUUCAGCUUUCACGUUCACCACAAUCGAGGACGACACAAGACGCGCACAACUUCCGCUAUCGUCGGAUAUGCAAGAUACUUCUCCCAUUGGCAUGGCACUGGAUCUCUCAAGUCAGGAGAAAGUGCCAAAUCCCAUCCCAGCAGAUGCGGAGAUCUUGGAGACUGCAGGGCCGGUGCCCGGCCUCGUGAUAUUGAACAACGAAGGGAUUUUGGUGGCGUGGUGGGUUAUCUACAAUGAUUCGGUUCGUGAGAAGACGACCUUCCCGGGCCUCGCCGCUGUACAGGAUACGACGAAACCUGCUGCACCUGUGUCUCAGUCAGCUUCACCAUCCCCUGCGCUCUCGAAUAAUGCGUUUGGCCAGAAUAGCAACCCCAGCCCGUUCGCAAAGCCUGCGAUGUCCGGGUUCGGCGUCCCAGGUGCGCCGGCGUUCGGUACUUCCUCGCCUAUAGGUGCUAGCAAGCCAUCCUGGGCCACUUCUGGCUUCGGGUCAGCUGCCAAUCCAGCGACGAACGGCCCGGCGUUCGGUUCGGCCAGUACCAUUGGCGGUGGCUCAACAACGCCUGCAUUUGGCUCAGCAAGUGCUCUCGGAAGUCGGCCUACACCAUUUGGACAGAGCUCCGCGCCAGGCUCACAGCCUGCCUUUGGGCAACCAUCUGCAUUCGGGGCUAGUUCGACGACUAGUCCGUUUGCGAGUGCAGCAACUAAACCCGGCGACUCAGGCUUCGCUUCAUUCUCCAAAUCGGGUGGAUUCUCUUCCUUUGCGGGCAACAAGCCAGACCAGCCCCCUCAGAGUCCCUUUGCUGCUGCUGCCUCGAAACCUAGUGUUUUUGGACAGUCCUCGAGUGGCAAGAUGGACCAGCCUGCGCAGAGUCCCUUUGCUGCUGCUGCUGCCUCCGUACCGAGUGUUUUUGGACAGUCUUCGAGCGGAAAGACGGACCAACCCGCUCAGAGUCCCUUUGCUGCUGCCUCUGGACCUAAUGUGUUCGGACAGUCCUCAGCCAGCACUUUCGGCAAAGCGCAGCCCACUACUUCUCCCUUUGCGUCUGCAAAACCAGCCGAUGGGAAGAACAUCUUCGGCAAUACUGGGUCGUUCAAGCUACAGUCGUCCUUCCAGGGCGAUGGCAGCGCCAAAGACGACCUGAAAGCACCGAAAGAAUCUGGCGGGUUUGGGUUUGGAGGAUCUCUUGACGACAUGUUGAAAGGUCCUCAAAGUACGUUGUCAGCUACACAUGACAAGGAAGCGGAGAUGGAUGAGGAGGGUGAAGCCAGCGAAGCCGAUUCAGAUAAAACUCAAGAUGCCCGUCAAACAGAACCUGCGCCACAGAGUGCGCCGAAAGUUCCUCAAACACUGGUCACUCCUCCUUCUACUUUAACUCAAUCCAAAACCACUCCCGCACCACCUGUCUCGAGCUUGUUUGGCCGGGCUUCCACCACUCCACAACCUCAGACAACCACUCCCGGCUGGUCAUUUGGCGGUAUGGCUUCCACCACACCCAAAGAAACUCCCGAUCCUUCCCACAUGACUCUAUUUGGUACCCGAACAGCCAAGGAUGAAACACCUGCGGCGGUGCAGAAGAGCGAGCCUGUCAGCACAUUUGGAGCUCUGUCCGAGACGCCCAAGAUCAAGGAAGAACCGCCGAGUGACAACGAGUCUGUCAAUUUGAAAAAUAUCCCCGAGGCUCCUUUACCCCCCGAUCCUGUGAGCAAACCGGGCUACACCACCGCCGAUACUCCUGCAUCCUCCACUUUAUCCAAAUCUCCUCCGGAUGAUGCACCUUUACCUCCCGACUUCGUUCCAUCUCGUAGUGCAGGCCAUGAUGAACAGCCAGUACAACAGCUUCCAAGUGAUGACGAAGGUGAACACGAGGAGGAGGGAGAAGAGGAUGAGGUGGAUGAUUUUAGCUCAGACGUGGAAGAGAGCGGUGACGAAAUCACCGAGGAUGACCAUCAAGAAGAAGAUGUUACAGAAGAGCAACACGAAGAGCUUCAGACUUCCCCUGAGUCUUCCUUCAAGAGCGGCAAAGUGACAACGGAGACGAGCCCAACAGGCGGACUUUUCACCAAGGUAUCAUCUAGGGGAAUAUCACAAAAACCAUCACGACCGCUAUUCGGCGAGGUUGGCGCUGGGCCCGUAUUUGCUCCUCCAAAACCCCACGAAAGCCCGCGAUCGCCGAGUCCAGUGAGAAACAUUCCUGCAGAGCGGCUGCGACUUGAGCCUUCCCGAUCCGUCAGUGCGCCGGCCCAUCCCCAGUCGAUCAUUGAUCAAAGAAAAGCAGAAUAUCAGAAGUCCUCGCUGGCCGUCGAGGCUGCAAAGGCAAGGACAGAAGAAGUCGCCAAAGAACAAGCUCGACGUGAAGGCAUUGCUCGGCAAAAAGCACAGGCUGAAGCGGAGCAACUUGAACCACUAGAAGACGACGAAGAUGAGCUUCUUCGCCAGGAACUGGAACGCCCCGUCUCACCUAACCAGUCGCUUGGCGACUUUGUCACCUACCAACCUAAGCCGGCAGAGGAUAUCCGGAAAAGCGGUAUACCGGCUCAAAUCGAAAGAUUGUACUCGGACAUCAACUCUAUGGUGUAUACUCUGGGCAUCAAUGCCCGCUCUUUGUCUGCAUUUAUGCUUUAUCAGCAACCGGAAGCAACUAAUGAGUCGUGGCCAUCUGUGCUCAAAUCAGAUACACCAAUGGAUGCUCUCAAUGACGAAUGGUUUUUGAACGACAUUUCGAGGUUGCACGAAGGACAAGCCGUUCUCUCUGAACUGCUUACUGAGAACAACAUUGAAGACUAUGCUGAGAAAAUCCAGCAAUGUCAGACUCUUUUGGGCCACGAUCUAUUCGAGCUCAGGACGAAGCUGACGGCCCUUCGCAAAACCAUACAUGCUUUGACGUCCAAUGACACCGCGGUAGCAGCUCCUCUGUCUGCGGAACAGUCAUCGAUUCAGCAUGACCUUCGCAAAGCCUUUAAUUCGGUCCAGACUAAGCUCGUGGAGAUGGAAGAUGCGAUCACGAUUCUACGGGCGAAAAUCACACAGAAUGUACCAGCAGACAAGUCAGGUCGGCGGUCCAGCGUUCUUAGCAGGACGUCCUCGCAGAAAAAGCCAACCGUGGAAGCGGUGACCAAGACGGUGAACAAAAUGUUGUCGAUGGCAGAGCAAAAGAGCGCCGAUGUCGACGUCCUAGAGGCGCAACUCAAGCGGCUGGACCUCUCAAUGGCAUCUUCGAUGUUGAGCGAUGGCAAUGGCUCGAAUGGGCAGCCGGCUGUGGCGACACCACAACGGUCCGCAAACUCGACCAACGGGGCAACUCCAGGAAGUACUAGAAGUAUUUAUCAUACGCCAGACUCCAAGUUUGGCAGCAGUACGAGGUCGCGGGCAAGUCUCCGUGUCAGCCAGAAUGGCGGCCUGGCUCUGUUAUCGGCGGAAGACAAGGAGCGGUGGCAGGCACAGGCACGUCGUCGAAAAGAAGCCGCAAGUGUAUUGAAGGAUGUAUUGAGGGAGAAACGCAAGAAAGGAGCCAACAAGAAAUGA